UCUCGUCAAACAGCGUAUGGGAGUGGCUGUAGGCUAAGUUAGGGAAACGAAAGUGUUAGAUAGAGGAUGGCGUCUGCCUAUCUUGCUGACGAGGAAAAGCCCUCUAGUGACCCUGAAUCCUCCUCUGAGGCGGAAUCAGACGCCAGUGAAGAGUCUGACAGUGACAGUGAUUCAGAUGAAGGAGAUGGUUUUCAGUUGGAUGGGAACGGGCCCUGCAAGUAUUACAACAAAGGCCGGUGUCGGGAUGGUGAGAGGUGCUCUUUCCAGCACGUCUGCCAGUUUGCCCUGACAGGAAGCUGUCGCUACGGGUCCAAGUGUAAGCUGAACCACCCCACAGGCGGGGGGGAGCCCUCGGGGGCCAGCAACCGGGAUUCAGGCCGAUCUACGUCUAGUGGUGAGGAAGAUGCAAAGCUCACUGAUGGUAGAUGCUACCAGUGGCAGCUGAAUGCUGAAAAUGGUUGGAUGGAUGUUGAUAAUGAUCACAUCCUCGAGGCCCAGUAUUCGCUGCCUCACUGCAAAGGCAUUAAAAUCUACAACACACUAUACGGGGCAGUGAGUAUAGAUUUUAACCGGAUGAGAGUGGAUGGAAAGAGUCUGAGAGCGAGACGUUUGGAUGAUGGAAACACUGUGUGGAUCUGGUACUGCACACUGGGUCGAAAGUGGAUCAAGUAUGGAGACAAGGACUCAAAGGGCCACCCCAGUCCUGUGAAGAGCUCUGACAUAGAGAACAAGUUCCAGAGUAACCCAACAAGCUCUUUCACGUUAAACGUCGGUGCUAAAACCUCUGAGAUUAAAUUCAGCGAAAUGCGACAGGUGUCCAAAAAGAAAAAGAGAAAAGUAACUCGUCGACCACUGUUCCGACAACAGCCCGCAGGAGCACAAGCUUCUCAAGCACCAUUAGCUUUCCAGAAUCUUUCUGUGGGCUCCAAACCACAGUGGCAGUUUGAGGGGAACAGUGGAGCGUGGCAUGUGUUCAAACACAGGCAGAGAGGAACGUCAACUGAAUGCUCAGUAAUCAGUGAUGAGAUCGAGAGGAAGUAUCAGCAAAACCCCCAGAGCAGCAUGACCUUCGACGUGAAGGGACAGACCUACAAAAUGGAUUUUGCAGCGAUGAUCCAGACCAACCUGAACACCAAGCAUUCACGCAGGAUCCGACGUGUGCUGGUGUGAGAAUUAAAGGAGAUUUGGAAGAGCUCAAGAAGAAAAUCUAUAAAACAAUUGUGCAAUACCAUAUUUAUACAAUCAAUUCAAUCUGAGAUGUGUUUAUUUGGGGUAUUUGGAGCAAUAAUAUAAUAAUAAUAAUCAUUGUUAUGAAUUGACGUGGCAGUACAUUGGCGUCUUUACAGAAGAAAUACAUAUGAUUCAGGAUAAGCUGGAAUGAUGCCAAAGACUGUUCUUUUUUUAUUUGGAUUUUGUACAAAAAAAGCUUUGAAGUUUACCAGCUCACCUAAAUGCUGCCUGGCAAGUUUUACCUCAGAUUAUGGAUACUUUACACAUUUUCCUUUUGCAGAAUUGUGCACACACACCGUACAAAUACUUACUACCAUACUAUAAGAUGACAUUACAAAUAUUAGCUUAAUAAGGAAAAACACUCCUGGAAUUAUCAGACAUAUAUUUCACGUUACAUAUACACACUGCCUGUUAUGUUACAAUAUAAUUGAUUGGUUUGGAUAUAUGUCUAAUGCAAAUUCAAGGUAAAUAAUAAUUACCUUUUUUAAGUGUUUUAUAAAAGUCAGGGGGGUGCAUAAUGCAAUAUAAACAUGUCAUUAUUUCUGCUCAAGAUUCAAACUAUUGGAUCUUAAGGUUUACUCUACUUCAUACAUAUGCAUUUUCCUUCAAUAAAAAUGGAUCUAAUGUAA